UUCCACUGACGUUUCGCCACUGUCACAUCGGUUUGUUUUGAUUCCAGAAAAAUCGUUUACCAAGCAAAGUCAGCACGAAAACGCGUUUGAAACUUUUAUUUGCCGAAUAAUUCCUCAAAAAUGUUGGAAAUUACCUGCAACGAUCGGCUGGGCAAGAAGGUUCGCGUCAAGUGCAACCCGGACGACACGAUCGGAGACCUGAAGAAGCUGAUUGCGGCCCAAACCGGAACCCGGUACGACAAGAUCGUGCUGAAAAAGUGGUACACCAUCUUCAAGGAUAACAUCAAGCUGUCCGAUUACGAAAUCCACGACGGAAUGAAUCUGGAGCUGUACUAUCAGUAGAGGAGCUUUUUGAUGGUCACAUUCUAAAACAUUUAAACUUUACAAUGCUUAAGUUAAUCGAUAAGUUAAGAAAUGCGCUUUACAUUUUUAUGACGAAAUUUGAGAAAGAUUGUGUUCUAAGGAAAGUGUGUAAAUAAAAAAUCAAUUGAAAGUAG